AGCCGACUCUCCAGAAUGCAGCUGAUUCUCGUUGCGACCUUGCUGUCCGUGGCACUCGGCAGCUGCAGUGCCUCCAUAGCUGGACCCUUUAUCUUCUGGGGUCACUCCAGGGUAUCCGGGUUGCAGUCCCAGGCUUUGGUGGACUCAAACAGCAGGGAACUGCCGCUGACGCAACUCUUCACGGAGGCCAAGGCGAUUGUGGUCUUCGUGCGGAACUCCACCAAUCGACUGGAGGGCACCAAGUAUCCCAGGUUCCAGAAUCUCGUCAAGAGCGGAGCUUGGACCUAUCUGCCCCAAAGGAGUCUCGCAGCGGAACCCUUUGGUCUAAAUGCCAACAUUGAGGUGGUGAGUCUCUCCGGACACGGAGAAGAGGAUGACUCGGAGAUCCUGUCGGCCUACAACGAAGCCUUGAACACCUACGGUCGUGGGGAGGUGCUGGGCAUCCUGGCCAGUCGCGAGGAGGAGGCCCACUUCCUGGCCAAAAGGGAGGCUGCUCCGGCUGCCGAGGAGGAGGAGAAGGAGAAAGAAAAGGAAGGAGGAGAGGAGACCGAGGCCAGUUUCAUCUACGUGGCCGAGGGCAACAAGGCGGUGCUGAGCCUCAAUGGACCCCUGGAGCUCCGGCUGACCAACGACUCCCUGAAGCUGGAGGAGCACAUCAAGCAGAUCACCUUCGACGAUCAGCGGGCCAAGGGAUAUGGCCGACUUAGCAUCACCUUCAUGCACUCCGGGGAGAAGUGCACACUGCGCUUCAAGUUCUCCCUGAUCCGGGGAUCCUGGACACUGAGGAAUGUGGAGGUGGAGUACCGGGAGCUGAAGAGUGUCCUGGUGGCCCGUGGUGAUGAGUACACGUUGCCCAAUGCCCCACUGGGAUUCUCCUAUCGCUGCUCGGCGGAAAAUGUCCACUUCUGAAUCCCGCUAAAAAUAACGAUUCAGGGUUUGAUCCUCAGUGAUUUCCAAGUGCAACCCUGGCUAAAUGGACGCCAGGAGUACGGCGAGGUCUACGAUUGCGUGGGAUUCGUUUCGGCCCCCAUCCUGGCAGGACUCUUCGUGGUGACCCUGCUCCUGGGGAUCCUGGGACUCGGAAUCUCAGCCAUGCUCAGCAUGCACACACCCAAUCGAUUUGAGAGUUCGCGCAGCAAGCAAUCUCCGACAGCCAUGUUCAUCCAGAUCACCUAUGUGGCUUUCAAGCCCCUGGCUCUGUUCACCCUGGCCAUCGAGCUCUUCAUCCAUCUGCUGUUCGUGUUGAUCGUGCUUUAUGUGUAUGUGCUAUGGUAUUACUGAAAGGUCAAAUUUCGAAAUGAACGAUUCAAAAUAUAUAUCCGCAAAGAAAGCCCAA